CUCCCCAGAGCAGUCAGCACUCGGCUCCCACAGCACCUCCAACCCCAGGCGGCUCGCCAUGGGGGCUCUGAGGCCCUGCGCCCCGUUCCCACUACUGGUUGUGGCCCACCUGCUGGCCCUGGGGAUUCGGGCUACUGUGCUUCAGGCCCUGGAGGGGCCUCCAGCACUCGAGCUCCAGGCCAAGCUCAGGGCCGAGCUGGCCACUUUCCAGGCGGUAGGGGCUUGCCUGCCCCCCGGGGCCCUGGAGGAGCAGCUGGGCACCGCUCUGGCAGCCCAGGUACACGGGGUCUCCAGCCUGGGCAAUGGCUCAGAGGCCAGGAACUGGGAUCUGCCCUCGGCCCUGCUCUUCACUGCCAGCAUCCUCACCACCACGGGUUACGGCUACAUGGCCCCACUAUCGGCAUCUGGAAAGGCUUUCUGCGUGCUCUACGCAGCCCUGCGGCUGCCGGCCUCCCUCGCGCUCCUGGCCGCAUGGCGCCGCCGCCUGCUGCCCCUGCUCAGCCGCCCAGGUGCCUGGGUCCCCAGCCAGUGGCAGCUGGGGGGCCUGCUAGCGGCUGCGACCCUCGUGCAGCUGCCCGCACUGGUGCUGCGGGGUCUGCGGGGUGACUGCAGCCUGCUGGAGGCCGUCUACUUCUGCUUCAACUCGCUCAGCACCCUGGGCCUGGGGCACCUGCUGCCGGGCGGCGGCCGUGGCCUGCACCCCGUGCUCUACCAGCUUGGCCAGCUGGCGCUUCUCGGUUACUUGCUCCUCGGGCUCCUGGCCACGCUGCUGGCUGUGGAGACCUUCUCAGAGCUGCCACAGGUCCGUGCCCUGGUGACAUUCUUUGGGUCCAGUGGCCCGUUGACCGCUGAAGGCCAAGGUGGCAUCCUGGGCCAGGAUGAACUGGCUCUAAGCACCCUGCCACCCUCGGCUGCAGCCCCAGAACAGGCCCCGACUUGCUGACAGGGGCCAGGUGAGGGAGUUGAGCUCCUUUCAGGUGGACAAGACUGACGACGACGAGGAAGCCUCCAGAGAGGGGAGGGG